UCAGACGAACUAAAAGCAGCAGCACUGGUGGAAGAAGAUGUGGAACCUGACGAAAGUGCAGUUGAUGGGGAGCCUUCAGCAAAAUAUGCAUGUCCAGAAAAAGACUUCAGUAAGAACUGCCAAAGCUACCAAAACUCUCCAGCAGCUGAAUUUUCUAGCCAUGAAAUGGACAGUGAGUCCCACAUCAGUGAGACGAGUGACCGCAUGGCGGACUUCGAGAGCAGCUCCAUCAAAAAUGAGGAAGAGAGCAAGGAGGUUUCGAUACCACUGGAAGACUCUACUGUAUCUGAUAGUUUAGAACAAAUGAAAGCUGUAUAUAAUAACUUCCUCUCCAAUUCCUACUGGUCCAAUCUCAAUUUGAACCUUCACCAGCCAAUUUCAGAAAAGAACAAUGGCAGCAGCAGCAGUAGCAGCAGCAGCAGCAGCAGUUGUGGAAGUGGCAGCUUUGACUGGCACCAGACUGCUAUGGCUAAAACGCUGCAGCAAGUUUCUCAGAGCAGAAUUCUUCCUGAGCCGAGUCUUUUUAGCACAGUUCAGUUGUACAGACAAAGCAGUAAGCUUUAUGGCUCUAUAUUUACUGGAGCCAGUAAAUUCCGCUGUAAAGACUGCAGUGCUGCCUACGAUACUUUAGUAGAAUUAACAGUGCACAUGAAUGAAACAGGACAUUAUCGAGAUGACAACCAUGAAACGGAUAACAAUAACCCCAAAAGAUGGUCGAAACCUCGUAAACGUUCUUUGCUUGAAAUGGAAGGGAAAGAAGAUGCCCAGAAAGUGUUAAAGUGUAUGUACUGUGGUCAUUCAUUUGAAUCUCUUCAGGAUUUGAGUGUUCAUAUGAUCAAAACAAAACACUACCAAAAAGUGCCUCUGAAGGAACCUGUUACACCUGUAGCAGCAAAAAUUAUCCCAGCUACUAGAAAGAAAGCAUCACUGGAGCUUGAACUUCCAAGUUCUCCAGACUCCACAGGUGGGACGCCAAAAGCAACAAUCUCAGAUACUAAUGAUGCACUUCAAAAGAAUUCUAAUCCUUACAUUACCCCAAAUAACCGCUAUGGUCACCAGAAUGGUGCCAGCUAUGCCUGGCACUUCGAGGCCAGAAAGUCUCAAAUUCUGAAGUGCAUGGAGUGUGGAAGUUCACACGACACUCUGCAGGAGCUCACGGCUCACAUGAUGGUGACGGGACAUUUUAUCAAAGUCACUAACUCUGCCAUGAAAAAAGGGAAGCCAAUUAUAGAAGCCCCAGCGACACCAACAAUAACAUCCUUAGUAGAUGAGAAAGUCCAGUCUGUGCCACUAGCUGCCACCACUUUUACGUCUCCUUCCAAUACACCUUCUAGUGUUUCCCCUAAAUUAAACGUUGAGAUUAAAAAAGAAGUAGAUAAAGAAAGAGUCGUUGCUGAUGAGAAAAUGAAAGACAAAGAGAAGUCAAGUGAAGAUGAGGAGAAGUAUGACAUCUCCUCGAAAUACCAUUACUUGACUGAAAAUGACCUAGAAGAAAGCCCUAAGGGGGGAUUAGAUAUAUUGAAGUCUUUAGAAAACACAGUUACAUCAGCUAUAAACAAAGCCCAGAAUGGCACACCAAGCUGGGGUGGCUACCCCAGCAUUCAUGCAGCCUACCAGCUGCCUAAUAUGAUGAAGCUGUCAUUGGGUUCAUCUGGGAAGAGUACACCACUAAAACCCAUGUUUGGAAACAAUGAACUAGUAUCACCAAGUAAAAACCAGCCCUUGGUGUCUCCACCCAGCAGUCAGACCUCACCUGUGCCAAAAACAAACUUUCAUGCCAUGGAAGAACUGGUAAAGAAGGUCACUGAGAAGGUGGCUAAAGUGGAGGAGAAAAUGAAAGAGCCCGAAGGAAAGCUUUCUCCACUGAAGUGUGCGACACCUUCGCCAUGCAGUAGUGAAGUCAGUGAGCCCCUUAAGAUGGAGUCCUCCAAUGACGGUGGCUUUAAAAGCCAGCAGAACAGCCCAGUUCCUCAGAGAGAUGGUUGCAAGGAUAGUCCAACUGUAGAACCUGUGGAAAAUGGGAAAGAGCCUGUUAAGUCCCUCGUAGGUUCUUUAAGUAGCAGCACAGCUAUCAUUACUGAUCACCCUCCCGAACAGCCGUUUGUAAACCCAUUAAGUGCAUUGCAGUCUGUCAUGAAUAUUCACCUUGGCAAGGCAGCAAAGCCAUCUUUGCCCGCUUUGGAUCCAAUGAGCAUGCUUUUUAAAAUGAGCAACAGUUUGGCAGAAAAGGCUGCGGUGGCCACCCCACCUCUACAGUCCAAAAAAUCAGACCACUUAGACCGUUAUUUUUAUCAUGUCAACAAUGACCAACCCAUAGAUUUGACGAAAGGCAAGAGUGACAAAAGCUGCUCUUUGGGUUCAGCGCUUUUGUCAUCCACAUCGACAUCUUCUGCAUCUUCUUCAUCUACAGUGACAACAGCAAAGACAUCUGCAGUCGUGUCAUUCAUGUCAAACUCGCCGCUACGCGAGAAUGCCUUGUCAGAUAUAUCUGAUAUGCUGAAGAACCUGACAGAAAGUCACACAUCAAAAUCUUCCACACCUUCCAGCAUAUCUGAGAAAUCUGACAUUGAUGGUACCACAAUAGAGGAACCAGAAGAGAGUACACCAGCUCAGAAAAGGAAGGGACGUCAGUCUAACUGGAACCCUCAGCACUUGCUCAUAUUGCAGGCCCAGUUUGCAGCCAGUUUACGGCAGACCUCAGAGGGGAAAUACAUCAUGUCAGACUUGAGCCCUCAAGAAAGAAUGCACAUUUCUAGGUUUACGGGACUUUCAAUGACCACAAUUAGCCACUGGCUGGCCAAUGUGAAAUACCAGCUCCGAAGGACGGGGGGAACUAAGUUCCUUAAAAAUUUGGACACUGGGCACCCAGUGUUCUUUUGUAAUGACUGUGCUUCACAGAUCAGAACUCCUUCAACUUAUAUCAGUCAUCUUGAAUCGCAUCUGGGUUUCAGGUUAAGAGACUUGUCCAAACUGUCCAGUGAACAGAUUAACAAUCAGAUAGCACAAGCAAAGUCACCGUCUGAAAAACUGGUGACGUCCUCUCCAGAGGAAGAUAUUGGAACUUCUUAUCAGUGCAAACUUUGUAACAGGACUUUUGCAAGCAAGCAUGCUGUUAAACUUCAUCUUAGUAAAACACACGGGAAGUCACCAGAGGAUCAUCUUCUGUAUGUUUCGGAGUUAGAGAAGCAGUAGCAUUUGCUUUUGAUUAAAAUAACUGUAAUUUGCUUUGAGGAAAACUGUCAAAGACGCCUUAAAGCUACUGUUUAGUUCUUGGCACAUGUUCUUAUUUUAACUCCAGAGUCGCUCUGGGCUGAACUGUUUUUGUAUAACUGUACAGUGUUUAAAUAGAGGUGCAUAAUCAGCUGUUGUUACUGGUAAAAUAUGAAGGUUAAAAUGCAGUGGUAAGUGUUUGGAACUUUGUGUAAAUUGGAUUUAGUUGCUGUGCAUCCCUCUGAUGCAUCAAGCUGCAUGCAUUAACAGACAGUUUAAUUAAGCAUUUAUAACUAAUUCUGGUGCACUUUUUUCAUGUGACCUAAGUGUGCUGGUAUUUCUCACCCUAUAAUCUUUAGCCCUCUGAGUACUUUGAAGCACUUUUGCAUUAAUUUGGUAAAAAAGGUCUGGAUAUGGUUUUUUUUAAACCCUUACCAGCUUAGUUCCGAUUACUAAUAUGAACCUCCAUUUAUGCAGAGGUGUCUCACACCUUGAAAUUUAAAAAUAUGAUUUUUCACAUUGAAACAUAGAUGUAUAUAUUGUAUAGAUUUCAAAAUCUCUUAUGGAAAAAGUGAUUGUGGUUAAUGCCAUUUUCUUUUUCUUCAGCAUUUUUAGCAGCAGUGGCGUUUGUACCUGAUAAGCCCCAGGUAUAAACCAGACCUAUAUAUAGUGUAUAUGUCUUUUCUUUUUUUUAGCUCUAAUGUUUGUUUUUUUUCUUUACCAUCCAAACAUUGUAAAUUAUAUGAUAAAAGAUACCACAGAUAGCAUUUAUAAAGUAUUCAGAAACGUUAUUCUUAAAGCAAAGUAUGUUUUGUUUUGUUUUGCUAUACAGUACAUCUAUAUGAAGAGAGGUUCAUGUUUAAAUUAUACAUAUUUAUUAGUGUCACUAUCAUUUGUUUGUUUCCUGUUUGUUUUCUUUUUAAAACCGUCUGAAGAAACAGAAGCCACGGACUGCAUUCCUGGCAUGCAUUCUAACUGUUUUGCACAACAUGACUUUUAAAGGUAUUUAUUAAAAAAAAAAAAUAAAAAGAAAAAAAAAAUAAAAAGAGAAAAUUCAAACUAAACUCAGUGCUCAAAGGGUUAAAUCUAUUUGAAAAACUUGUACUGUAUUUCCUAAACAUUGAUAAAGCCUUUAAAAUGUUUGUACUGUAAUACUUUGCUUAAAAAAGUUAUGAGGCAUUCUGUGAUAUAACCUCUUUUACUUAUUUAUAAGCGCUCUUGGUUGUUAUUUCCUAUUGUAGAAUGCCUUUUUAUUUCAAUUGGUAACUUUCUGUUUUGUUCUGCCUAAUUAUUCUCCCAAGAUUCCAUACUGCAGCUUUAUCUUUAGGCAUAUGAAAGGUAACCCGUGGUUACCAGCACACUAAGUGAUUCUGUUCGUCUCCAUUUUUGGCAGUUAAUUUGCAGAAGUAACUGACAGCUGACACCAUAUGAGAAUCUAUGUAUAAAAUAUUGGCAUGUAAACAGCACAGACACUGUAAUGCACUCUGUGCCCUGUUUUGUUGUUGACAAUGAAGCACCAUUAUAUGACUCUUCAUAUAACCUUUUUUUCUACAGCAGCAUUAAAAUUGUCUU